AUGAGCUCAGCUCUAGAUCUUGAUGGCUCUUCCAAGGGCACCGUGCUCAACGGCCCUUGCGACUGGAAACAAUGGAUUUCUAUCAUCAAGAAAUUCGCCACGUCCCACAGUCUUUGGGACUUUCUGGACCCUGCCGUCAAGGAGGGUAAGCCGGUUCUUCAGCAGCCAGUUGAACCAACAUUCCGACAAAUCAACCACGAAGCAUCUGAUCUCGUGGAUCUGACCUCGGAGGAAUUUCGCCGUCUCGAAUUCCUCCACACCCAAUACCGCUCGAAGCUUCAAGGGUAUAGGGAUCAAGUGAAGGCACUCGCCAGCCUUCAACAACACAUCGUCAAGACCAUCGGCAACUACUACAGCACCAUUGCCGAGGAACACGACGUUGCAAAGCAACUUGCCUUGCUUCAGGCUCGUGUGGCCCCAACCGACUGGGCACUCGAGAGGAAGUUGUUCAGCGUUAUCGUUCCACCCUUCAGUCGCCAAACAGGACCAAGAUCGAAGCUUGGGUCACCCAAUGGCAGAAAGUCCUCACUGAGGCAAAGCAAUUAG